AUGACUUACGACUUCACUGCCGCUGGGGGAGACGCCGUCUUGCUAGAACAACUGGCCUUCGACCAGCAAGACCACCAGCGCUACUAUCCCAUCAUCACCUCGACCCAAUCACCCCAGAACAUCACCUCGACCGCGCUGACCACCAUGUCCCAAAGCGCCCGUCAAAGCCUCAGCCCGGGUGCCACUUGGCUCCCGGCCGAUCUGUCCGGAGGCAUGAGCGCACCCACCUCCAUCCACUCGCCAAGCAGCAGCAUGUCGCCGUCGUCGCCCGAGGACCAGAACUGCCAGUCGCCUGGGAAUAGCGUCAUGUCCAGCCCCCUUCAGCAACAACAGCACUCGCCUCUCCAGCACUCGCCUUUGCAGACCGGCACUCACCUGUUCCCCGACUGGACCGCCUUCCCCAUGCAGACCCAGCAGCAGCAGCAACAUGUCUCUGAUAUGCCUCAGUUUAUCUCGAACGAGCCUCUGCUUGCUCUCACCAACCACUUCAUGCCCAACUUCCACCAGCCCAGCGCCUUCGACUAUCUCCCCGCCACCACCCAGGCCGCCAUCGAAAACACCCUUCAUUUGGAGGCUCCUUUCAACCACGCCAUCUCUCCCGUCGAGGAGACCAGCCAGCAACUGCAGUGGAGCACGGGCACGGGCACGCAAAUGGCAAACUGGCAGGAUUUUGAGAUGGCCAUGAACUUUAACCAGCAUGAUGGACUCGCCCGGAUGCCCAUGGGAAGCCACUCGCCCACCGGCAGCUUCCUGGAAGUUUUGUCUUUGCACUCUGGAAGCGACAAUGGCUGGGCUACCGUGGAUAUGCCUCUGUUCCAAGACUACAACAACUUCACCCAGCCCCAGCCUGCGCAGAAUACCGCCAUCUUUAACCCCGGCCAGACUUUGCACUUGAGGACCACAUCUGACCUCUCACAAGGGUCUGACUUCAACGAGUUCGGAAGCUACGAGGAAGUUAGCUUCCCCUACUCGCCCUUCUCCACCGAGUCCGAUGGUUUCAUGGAUAUGACCAACAACCGCCACGGCUGCUGCUCCGGUGACCACCACCACCACUCUCCUCAGCCCACCGAGAUCAGCCCCUCUUCCGCCGUUGCUCCCGUACCUAUCAAGGCCGGCUCUUCAAGGGCCGUCACUGCCAACGGUUCCGGCUCGGUUUCGCCCCCGCCGAGGAGAAUCACUGGCCCGAGAAAGAGCCCUACUGCCAAGCCUUCAAAGACCAUCGUUCGUAGGACUAACUCGACUGGCAAGAAGGACGGCACUGGUGAGAAGAAGGUUGGCAGGCGUCGUGGACCCCUCCUUCCUGAGCAGCGUAAGCAGGCCAGCGAGAUCAGGAAGCUCCGUGCCUGCCUCCGUUGCAAGUUCCUCAAGAAGACUUGCGACAAGGGUGAGCCUUGCGCUGGUUGCCAGCCUUCUCACGCUCGUUUGUGGCAGGUGCCUUGCACUCGUAUCGAUAUCAAGGACAUUGGUUACUUCAUGAAGGACUGGAAGGCCGACUACGAGCGUCACCUCGGCCGUGGCAUGUCCGUCUUCAACGUCAAGGGUUUCGCCCAGAAGGAGACCCUUAUGUGGAUCACCCACGGCUAUGGCUUCUGCCUCCCUGUCAUGGUUCGCGAGGUGUUUGUUGCCGAUGAGAGCUGCUUCCAGGUCGACUGGGUCGAGUCUACCCUGACCGACCAGGAGCCUAUCGACUUCGAGAUCCGCACUGAGCGCCUCGACGUUGGUCAUGAGGGUGUCUCGGUGGAGGCUCUCUCCGAGUACCUCGACAAGCAUGUCGACGAGGGCUUCGAGCAGUUCAUUGACGAUCACUUUGAGGGUACUCCCUUCAUCACUGAGCUCUUCAAGACCGCUCACAGGUUCUACGUCAAGGAGCGCCUGCCUGUCAUUCGCAAGGCUCUCAAGCUUGUUGUGGCUUACAACCUCACUCUUCACAUUACCAUGGUUGAGCAGCCACCGACAGAGCAGGCCAUGGAGGGCCAGAUCGAUGACGAAGACUCCAAGUACUUUGGCAAGGUCGUCGCCCCUGUUAUGAUCAACUUCCAGAUCAAGUGCGCCAUGGCCGACAUGUGGCGUGAGCUCCAGAAGGAGGUUCUCGAGGAGCUCUCUGCUCUCUACUCCUCCGUCUACAGUGGAGAGCGUCUCAAGAACUGGCCUACCAUCUUCAUGCUGGCUGCCAUCCUCUUGGCUGUCUGGGAGGAGAUCCAGUUCGACUGCCAUUACCGUGUGCCUGACCCAAUCGCUGUCAACAAGUUCUGUGAUGACAUGGAGUCUACUCCUGUUGGUGUCAUUGUCGGUCUCUUCCACGCCAUCUCUCAGAAGCUGCCCGCCUUCACGGAGUGGGAUACUCGCAGGCAUGGUCAGCUGCUUAAUAAUAACGUUGCCGUCUGCGAGGCCAUGACCGAAGUUAGACAGCAUGUCCUCAAGCAUGAAUCCUACCUCAGGACCCGUCAAGAAACCAGGUUCGACCGUUACGACUUUGACUCACUAUCAAACAAGUUCCUGUCGAAGCUGGUUAUCCGGGCCAACUAA